AUGUCUUUGGCUCCUUUAAAAACAGUAAAUGAGAAACAGCUAAAUACCCGUUCAAAUGUUGUGCACACUCCAAUUAAGUCUAAUAAUAAUAAUAAUAAUAAUGAUAGCAAUAACAAUAAUUACAUAGGGAACAAAGAAAAUAUUGUUAUACAAACAAAUAGUAACAACAAGAGAACCGACUAUCAUCAUAGACACGAUCAGCCUCCUCAGAAGAAGAAAAAAGAAAAAUUAUCGUCAUUGUGUAAGACACCGCCAUCUCUAAUUAAAACAAGAGGAAGAGAUUAUCAUAGAGGACAUUUCCUUGGUGAAGGUGGGUUUGCACGUUGUUUCCAAAUUAGAGAUGAUUCUGGUAAAAUUUUUGCAGCAAAGACCGUUGCUAAAAUCUCAAUUAAAUCAGAGAAGACGAGAAAAAAAUUGUUAUCUGAAAUUCAAAUUCAUAAAUCAAUGAAACACGUUAACAUCGUCCAAUUCAUAGAUUGUUUUGAAGAUGAUACUAAUGUAUAUAUUCUUUUAGAAAUUUGUCCAAACGGUUCUUUGAUGGAUCUAUUGAAAAAAAGAAAAAGUUUAACUGAGCCAGAGGUUAGAUUCUUUACAACACAAAUAUGUGGUGCAAUUAAAUAUAUGCAUUCAAGAAAAGUUAUUCAUAGAGAUUUAAAAUUAGGUAAUAUUUUCUUUGACAGAAAAUAUAAUCUUAAAAUUGGUGAUUUUGGUUUGGCUGCUACUCUUGCCAAUGAUAGAGAACGUAAAUAUACAGUCUGUGGUACGCCAAAUUAUAUUGCGCCAGAAGUCUUAAUGGGCAAACAUUCGGGUCAUUCAUAUGAAGUGGAUAUUUGGUCUAUAGGUGUAAUGAUUUAUGCUUUGAUAAUAGGUAGACCACCUUUCCAAUCGAAAGAUGUUAACACAAUUUAUGAAAGAAUUAAAUGUAGAGACUUUUCAUUCCCAAAGGAUAAGUUAAUAUCAAGUGAAGCAAAAAUUUUAAUCCAGGAUAUUUUAUCGUUAGACCCUUUAGAAAGACCAUCGGUUAAUGAAAUCAUGGAUUAUAUAUGGUUUAGAGGUUGUUUUCCACCUUCUACAAAAGAGAGUGUAAUGGUAGAGGUUCCAAAUUAUGAAAAUGAAAUUUCAAUGGCUGAAUCUUUAAUCAACUUCGAGAAUUGUAUGGAAAAAAGCGGCAUGUUGGAUCGUAAUAUGAAUAAAGAACCACUACCCAUUGAAAAAUAUUAUACAACAACCACAACCAGUUCAAGUUCCUCAAAUUCUGUUUUACCGCAUUCUUUAUCCCCUGGUGGGACCAAGAACAAAUAUAAGGAAGUUAUUGAUCUUGAUGCACAAAGAAAAUUAAAUGAAUUAGCGCGUCAAGCAAGAAUACGUAGAGCGCAACGGGAAACAAUUAAGAAAAGCUUAAUACCAACUUCAACAAAUACUAUUAAAUCAGAAAUCUCAUUAAGAAUUUUGGCCAGUGAAUGUAAUUUGACUCUAAACGGUAUACUAGAAGCAGAAGCACAAAAGAAAAUGGGUGGUUUACCACAAUCACGACUACCGAAGGUGAAACACCCCAUGAUCGUCACUAAAUGGGUUGACUAUUCUAACAAGCAUGGUUUUUCAUAUCAAUUGUCAACUGAUGAUAUCGGAGUUCUUUUCAAUAAUGGUUGUACUGUAUUAAGAUUAGCAGAUGCUGAAGAAUUUUGGUAUAUAAGUUAUGAUAAUAGGGAGGGUUGGAUUGCAAGUCAUUAUCUACUGGAUGAAAGACCAAAGGAAUUAAAUAGAUACCUAGAAGUUGUUGAUUUUUUCUCCAAAUAUAUGAGAGCAAAUUUGAGUAGAGUUUCAACGUUUGGAAGAGAAGAGCAUCAUAAAGACGAUGUCUUCUUGAGAAGAUACACAAGAUUUAAACAAUUUGUAAUGUUUGAAUUAAGUGACGGUACUUUCCAGUUCAAUUUCAAGGAUCAUCACAAAUUGGCAAUUUCUGAGAGCGGUAAAUUGGUCACAUAUAUUUCGCCAUCGCACGAAAGCUUUACUUAUCCAUUAGUUGAAGUUUUAAAACUUGGCAGCAUUCCAAAUUAUCCUGAAAGUAACUUUAUUGAAAAAUUAGCCUUGGUAAAAGAAGGCUUGAAACAAAAAUCAAUGAUUGUCAGAGUUGACCAGUAA